AUGUCUUUGCAAACAGGUCGAUUACUGCUUUCACACCCACGUUCAAUAAAAUCUUCGAAAUUAUUCUCCAUUACUUCUUUGAGUCAAUAUUAUAUACCUCUACUAUCAAGAACACAUGACUCCAGACCUCUAAAGCAACCACACCUACUUGCUAAUACAAUACGAUAUUUCUCAAAUAAUUCUGUACAAAAUCGUUAUUAUCCAAGACGAGCUAUUAUGUAUAUACCAUCUUCUGAUCUUCGUAAGAUACAGAAAAUUCCAUCACUUAAUGUUGACACAGUUGUCAUUGAUUUUGAAGAUGGAGUCGCUGCUAAUCAAAAACUUGAUUUUCUUGUUGGAUAUUAUCGGAAUUCACUUUCAAAGCCACGCCUCCCUCUUCAUAUAAUUAUCGAGAGUCCAUCCUCGUUGUUAUCAUUAAAGGAGGUGUGUCAAUUUGGGAUAGAAAAAUUAAGAAAUUUAAUACUGGAAGUGAUCAUAUUUGGUUCUGAUGACUUUUUAGCUGCUCUAGGAGGUCAAAGAACCGAGGAUGCGAAAGAAUUAAUGUAUGCUCGACAAAGUUUUGUAACACAAGUCAAAUCAUUGGGAUUACAAGCUAUUGAUCUAGUUAGUAUUGACUAUAAAAAUUUAGAUGCUUUAAAACUUCAGUCAGAAGAAGGUUCAAGAAUGGGCUUUACUGGCAAACAGAUUAUCCAUCCUGGACAAAUAUCUACAGUACAAUCAGCUUUUACUCCAUCAAAAGAAUUAAUUGAGUGGGCGGAGGGAUUAAUAGCAUCAUUUAAAGAGCAUGAAGCAUCAGGCAAAGGUGCGUUUACAUAUAGAGACAAAAUGAUAGACAGACCACUAUUACUUCAAGCUGAGAACUUAGUCAGAAUACAGAAAAUAUUGUCACAAUAA